AUGGGUUCCGAACCGCAAUACGCAAAGUGGCCGCUCCUCCCUCUCUCCCAGCAUGUCUUCACCCUCACCAACCCCUACGCCUCCAAGUCAGUCCAGCAGGCCGCUGUCAAGGUCCUCCAAGAUGCCAUCGCCGAGCACAAGAUGGCGCCCUUCUACCGAUUCCUCGCACACCCGCUCGAGGGCAUCCUCAACACUGUCGGCGAGGGGUCGAGCCAGUCCGUUCCUGGCAAGCCCCCCAGCCGCAAGUCCAGUCUCGUCGGCAUGAUCGCCACCAAGAGCCAGACCACCAUCAACCUGCCGUGGGACGAAGAUCUGUACAAGCAGCUAAAAUCAGAGAACGACGCCGAGCUCGAGGGCAUCCAGAAAGAGGAGGACGAGGCGGUGGAGCAGGCUGGCGACACCGAGGUCCAGGCCGCGCGAGGAAAGAGGGCUGAAUUCUGGGCGCGGGUUGGCGACAAGGACCGCGCCAUCACGGCAUACGAGGACGUCUUUGAGAAGACGGGCAUCCUCGGCACCAAAAUCGAUCUCGUCCUCGCCAUUGUCCGCAUGGGCCUCUUCUACGGCGACAAGCUCCUGACGAAGAAGCACAUCGAGCGUGCCAAGGCACUCGUUGAGUCGGGCGGUGACUGGGAUCGUCGCAACCGUCUCAAGGCCUACGAAGGCCUCCACCUCCUGACGAUCCGCUCUUACGCUGCCGCGGCGCCCCUCCUCCUCGACUCCCUCUCCACCUUCACCAGCUACGAGCUCUGCACGUACUCGUCCCUCGUCGUCUACUCUGUGCUCGCCGGUUCCGUCUCGCUGAAACGCGUCGACUUCAAGAGCAAGGUCGUCGACGCCCCCGAGAUCAAGGCCAUCCUCGGCGACGGCGAGGACAAGAUGCUCGCCCUCUCGGGCGCCCUCAGCGCCGGCCCCGGCGCCGACGACUCGAGCUCGGCCGAGGAGGCCUCGACCUCGGUCAAGAAAGGCGCCAAGACGGCGGUCAACCUGACGACACUCGGCUCCAGCACCGAGCAGCCCGAAGCCGAGAUGGCCAUCGACUUCUCGCCCCUCGCCCAGCUCGUCACGAGCCUGUACAACGGCAGCUACAAGUUCUUCUUCCAGGCCCUCGCCCAGGUCGAGGAGUCCUUCCUCGCCCAGGACCGCUACCUGCACGAGCACAAGCAGUGGUUCGUGCGCGAGAUGCGCCUCCGCGCCUACCAGCAGCUGCUGCAGAGCUACCGCGUCGUCGGCCUCGACACCAUGGCCACCGACUUUGGCGUCACCGUCGAUUUCCUCGAUCGUGACCUCGCCCGCUUCAUCGCCGCCGGCCGCAUCCCCUGCACGAUUGACCGCGUCUCCGGCAAGGGCGUCAUCGAGACGAACCGACCCGACGACAAGAACAAGCAGUACCAGGACGUCGUCCGCCAAGGUGACCAGCUCAUCACGAAGCUGCAAAAGUACGGCCAGGCCGUGCGCCUCAGGGGAAGCGAGAGGGCGUAGACAAGAGCGGCGUCGCAGGCGGGGGC